AUGGCAUAUUCGAAUAGCACUAGUGAUCGAAUGGACGAGCUACGAUUUCGCAGCCAGCAGACUUCGAGGAAUGAUGCUUCUAUGCUCGGCCUUGUUUCUCCUCCGCGAAAUGGCAACCGAAUGUCACAAUCAUUUCAACAGCAAGAGAGCCGUGGAGGAUUGACUAGAAGAUUCACCACUGAUUCAGGGAGAGUGCCAACAAUCGCUUCUAUUUCCAACCAGCGCAGCACGCAGGAAACUCAAGAAUACGGUCCUUCAACCUACCAUAAAGUACAGCUGUUAGAGAAAAAGAAAAUCGAGUACGAGCGACUCCGUGAACAAAAAAGACGCUUCGAGGCGGAGAUGCAAUUGUUGGACUUACAACAACGAAGAGAAGAACAAGAAUUACAGCAAAUGCAAGAAGACCUUGGUAGAUCAAGUAACAAUAAUAACAACGCCGGCCACCAAUCAGAACCAACAACACCACCAGAAUAUAGGGAAUCUUCAUCAGGGUUUCCUUCAGCAUUUUCUCGUCCCAACAGAUAUUCGACAUCUAGUAUUACCUCUCCUCCAGGUCUUUACAAUCGCCCUGGAAGAUCUGGCUCCCAACUCACAUCGCCAAAAUCUGGAAUCAUGCAAUCCAGACUCGUAAUUGAUGAUAAGCUACCCUCGAAGUCCGUGCCAGGCUCGCGCCGCAAUUCAGAUGAAGAUGAGAAGGAAGAAGCAGUAAGGCAAGACCCGACCAGCCAUCGUUCUACCAAUGCAUUGGAGCUGCUUGUGCUCGAGACACGGCAACUUUCAGAAAUUUUAAAAUUUUUGUUCUUGGGAAAGUUCUUAAAAGACAACAUUCUUACCUUUUAUCUUUCUGAUGAUUCCUUCUGGUCUUUACAAUGCAAAGGUGAAAAUAUAUUGAAUCGAAAGAGGUUAUAUUCUAUGCCAGUUACUAAGUCUCGCAACGGUAUGCACGACAUGUUGUCCCUUGACCAAACCAACACCACUCGUUUUCUCUUCGGUGAAGAUGAAAAUGCGGCACCCGGAAGCGUUGACAAGUAUUUGAAUAUGAAUGCUACUGAUGACAAAUUUCCAAUUCUUGUUCGUCGUGACGAGUAUCCCGGUUUGCUUUCCGCUUCUUCUGCCGCUCUUGACUUAGCUUUAUCUCAAUCACCUGCACCAGAAUCCAACUCAAAUAGUUGGGGUUCGUUUGCUCGUCAUCGACCAAAUCAACAAAGUCUUCCAAUGAAUAGCCUUCAGUCAUCUCAACAAGUCGCAACAGCUGUGACUCAAUCUAGCUCUGCGGAGUCUCCCAUCAGUGUCCGCCCGUCGUACCGUCAUUCCUUGGAUUUGAAGUUCUUUGAAGGCCCGCAGGAGGGCAGUGCUCAGGUAGCCUCUCCAUCAAAGCAUAUCCAAGCCACACCGCCUAAACUUCAAUCAUCCUAUUCUGCCAACGACGUUCCGACAGUUCGCGCAGGGACGAACGGCAUGCAAAGCAACAAUAAUACUCCUAAUUCGCACGCUCAACAACACUUGCACAAUCAUAAUGCUAGCUUGGGCCGCAUUCCACCAAACGCUAUGAACAGACUUAGUCGUGAGAUGACUUCUGGGGACAAUGGUAGUCUGCGUGAGGCUCAGAAUGGUGGCUAUCAGUCGAUCCAGUCUGCAUUGCAAGCCAGUGCUGCGCCAUUCGGUCCAGCUUUGACACAGGGUAUGCCACAAGGCAUGUCGCAAGCUCAAAUGUCGCCAUCUGUAUCCUCUCCUACUGGCCAACAAAACUACCCUGCACAAGUUCCUCCCUUCUACAAUAAUUAUGGCAUGCACAUGAUGAGCUUGGGAAUGCAGAACAUGCAACUUAGCCAACCAAUGUAUCCUCCUCCAAACUCUUACAACAAUUACAACAAUUCCAUGUAUCAACACAAUGGUGGACAAAGAGAUAGUCAGGCACGAGUCAUUCAACAACGCCGUCAAAAUGACGGCGAAGCAAUGAAUCGUUUUGCAAACCUAGCUCUGGAGCAACUUGGUGGUGAGAUCUACGCACUUUGCAAGGAUCAACAUGGUUGCCGCUACCUGCAGAAGAAGUUAGAAGACCGCAAUCCCGAGCAAGUUCACAUGAUCUGGCUCGAGACAAAUCAGCAUGUCAUUGAGCUCAUGACCGACCCUUUCGGCAACUAUCUUUGUCAAAAGUUGCUUGAGUACUGCAACGAUGAAGAGCGCACUGUCCUGAUUGAAAAUGCUUCUCAUGAUCUGGUCCGCAUUGCCUUAAACCAGCAUGGAACACGAGCCCUCCAGAAAAUGAUCGAGUUUAUUUCCACACCAGGACAGGUUCAAACCAUCAUUGGCGCCUUGCGAUUCCGUGUCGUCGAACUCAUUCAGGACUUAAAUGGUAACCAUGUUAUUCAGAAGUGUCUCAACAAACUCUCUCCGACAGAUGCUCAAUUCAUUUUUGAUGCUGUUGGACAACACUGCGUUGACGUCGGAACUCAUAGACAUGGCUGUUGCGUCCUUCAACGAUGCAUUGAUCAUGCUUCUGGCGACCAAAAGGCUUGGUUGAUCAGACAGAUUUCGAACAACGCCUAUGUAUUAGUUCAGGAUCCUUUUGGUAAUUAUGUGGUGCAAUACAUUCUCGAUCUCAACGAACCAAUCUUCACUGAGCCUUUGGUUGCUAUGUUCGGAGGACGAGUCGCCCAAUUGUCGAAGCAGAAGUUUAGCUCAAACGUCAUUGAAAAGUGUCUUCGAUGUGCUCAGGAACCUUCAAAAGACAUGUUGAUUGAGGAAAUGCUUCAACCAAAUCAGCUUGACAGUCUAUUGCGGGAUUCAUUCGCCAACUAUGUCAUCCAGACUGCCUUGGACUACGCCAAUCCGAACAUGAAGACGCGUCUCAUUGAGGCUAUCCGACCCCACCUACCAGCUAUCCGCACCACACCUUAUGGUCGCCGUAUCCAAGCUAAGAUCCAGGGUAAUGAAAACCGAGGCAAUACUUCUACUGGACCCACCACUCCUAAUGAUAACGAAACUGGUCAGCUUGCUAAUCGUCACCAGCGUGGCAUGUCCAAUGCAUCAACUGGUCCUUUUGUUAGCUCCCCAGGAGGAUUUCCAAAUGGCAUCGGACCUACGCCCAUCACCAAUGGUUUGCCUCUCCCCGCAAUCCGAUCUUCAGCUCAGCAAGGAUCUGGCUUUCCACCAAACGAUCGCCUUGCUUCGCCUGCCGCUGCUCAUCCAUACAAUUAUGGUAGAGCUGGAGCGCAUCCUGGCGCACAACCUGGAGCAGGUAGUGACUGGUUUUAA